CCUUCCAGAAGCUGCAUGCUGCUCCAUUUCACCAGGAGGCUUCUAGGACAACGGCUGUUCGACAGGCUGAUGAAGAUGACUUUUUACGGACAGUUUGUGGCCGGUGAGGACCAGGAGUCCAUCCAGCCCCUAAUCCGGCAUAACAGGGCCUUUGGCGUGGGCUCCAUCCUGGACUACGGAGUGGAGGAGGACCUGAGCCAAGAGGAGGCGGAGCGCCAGGAGAUGGAGUCCUGCACUUCAGCAGCGGAGAGGAAGGACGGAGGCGCCAGUAAGAGGGAGAAGCAGUACCAGGCCCACCAGGCCUUCGGAGACCGCAGGGACGGCGUCGUCAGCGCCCGCACCUACUUCUACGCCAACGAAGCCAAGUGUGACCUCCACAUGGAGACGUUCCUGCGCUGCAUCGAGGCUUCAGGUGGGGCCAGCGAUGACGGCUUCUCAGCCAUCAAGCUCACUGCGCUGGGGAGACCCCAGUUUCUGCUGCAGUUCUCAGACGUGCUGAUCAAGUGGAGACGGUUCUUUCACCAAAUGGCUGCCGAGCAAGGGAAGGCCGGGCUGGAUGCCAUGGACACAAAGCUGGAGGUGGCGGCACUGCAGGAAAGCGUGGCGAGGAUGGGCAUUGCGUCCCGGAAGGAGAUUGAGGACUGGUUCAGAGCAGAGACCCUGGGCGUGUCCGGCACCCUGGACCUGCUGGACUGGAACAGCCUCGUCGACAGCAGGACCGAGCUCUCCAAGCACCUGGUGGUCCCUAACAUGCAGACAGGACAGCUGGAGCCUCUGCUGUCGGGGUUCACCGAGGAGGAGGAGCAGCAGAUGAGGAGGAUGCUGCAGAGGAUGGAUGUCCUGGCCAAGAAAGCCACCAAGGCGGGGGUGCGGCUGAUGGUGGACGCGGAGCAGACCUACUUCCAGCCGGCCAUCAGCCGCCUGACGCUGGAAAUGCAGCGCAAGUUCAACGUGGAGAAGCCGCUCAUCUUCAACACGUACCAGUGCUACCUCAGGGAUGCCUAUGACAAUGUCACCCUGGACUUGGAGCUGGCUCGCCGAGAGGGCUGGUGUUUUGGAGCCAAGCUGGUGCGGGGUGCCUACAUGGCCCAGGAGCGGGCCCGCGCUGCGGAGAUCGGCUAUGAGGACCCCAUCAACCCCACGUACGAGGCCACCAACGCCAUGUACCACAGGUGCCUCAAUUAUGUCCUGGAGGAACUGAAGAACAAUGGCAAGGCUGAAGUGAUGGUGGCCUCCCACAACGAGGACACGGUGCGCUUCACGCUGCGCAGGUAAGGUGGCCCCGCCCACAUUUGUCUGAGUGCUCCCGGGUCAGGGAAGAGCUUGGCGAGACCCUGGAAGCAUGUACAGCAAACAUGUCAAACUCAAAGGCUAA